AUGGCCUCGAACCAUCCUGAGAUCCCACCCAUGGAUGAAGAGCUGAAGCGCUUGAUGGUUCCCGCUGCCUGUGAUUGGGCGACCGACGACAACGUUGCCCAAGACCCGAAUCGCAGGUCGAUCUUUCCCGAGUUCGACAGUCUGCCGCGAGACCAGAUGCUCCUGAGCGAGGAGGAAGCCGAGGCCUACCUUCAAUCCUUCCGACGUCAACCUUACCCGGAUGCGACCGUUGUGCAGGUUCACGCCAACGUUCUGAAGUACGUGGAGGACAUUUACACUUCCAUUGUCGACUGCAGGUACGCGCUGGACCUUGAAAACAGCCGCGACUUCUCUCGCUUGGUAGAGCCGUACAAGUCUGGCACCUACUAUCCGACGAAGUUGAUCCUUGCCAUGUCCUGGAAUCUGAUGAACCUCCUUCUCGAUGGUGCAGACAACGGGUUCAUGAGAACUAUUCGCGACGACCAGAAGGGCAACAACAAUGACGAGGAGAACAGCAUCACGCUGGUCGAGCGCCACAGGAGGCUGUGCAUUACACUUCUUCUGGAGAAGGUCACCGUCGAGGACGUCCUAUCCGGCGACGACUUCAAGCUCCGCAACCUCAUCUACAGCCCCACCACCUACGCUUCCCUCAAAGCCGUCCACCGCUUCGUCAACACCAAGCGGCGAAACAAGGAGCCCAAGCCCGUCCCACCGCACACUUGGGCCACGCCUCCCCCCGGCACACUGCACCAGCUCGCGAUCCAGAACAACCGCUCUCCAAUGUACCCCGCCUUCGUCUCCAUCCCCCCGGCCGACCAACUCCCAGACAUGCCAUCCGCCCUGCAGCACCUCUCCUCGCUCCAACCGCGGCUCCCGCGCUCCACCAACCCCCACGCCGCCCGGCACCUCGCCUUGCUCCAAGCCAACAAGCUCCCCCUCGUCAUCGCCCUCUACACCGCCCUCCGCGACGUCACCUCGAUGCAAAACGCCCCCGCCAGCAUCGACGCCCGGCGCUUCGCCCUCGCCCUCGCCGCCCCCCACACCAACAGUACCACCGCCCCGCCCGCGGGCCCAUCGGCAUCCCGCCCACCACCCACCUGCACCCCUACCGACCUCCUCGCCGCCGCCUGGCGCGUCCUCACCGCCUUCCUCCGCGGCGCCACCCACGGCUUCCCGCAGCCGUUCCCCAAAGAAUUCACGUCGCGCAACCGGCCCUCGUCGCUGUCGCUGCUCCGCGACGCCGGCCGCCAGGUAAGCGCGCCCUGCCGCCUCGCGAGCAUGCUGGCGGUGCUGCGCCGCGAGAAGUCGGUCGCGUGGAUGUGGGUCAAGAGCGACUUCGCGCUCGACGGCUUCGUGGCGGAUCCGUAUGCGUGGAGCGGCGUGCGGUCGGAUGUGCGCGUCACGAGUGGGUGGAGGCGCGCGAAGCCGUUGGGGAGGAGGCAUGUGAGGAUUGCUGCGGAGGGGGAGGGAGAGGGGGACGGCGGGGCGGUGCCGAUGAGGUCGGGGAGGAGGGGGAAGAGGGUUGCUGUCGAUGUUGGUACCGGUGCGGGUGGGACGACUGCUACUGGUGGUGCUGAUGGCACAGAGGAGCUGAGCGCGACUGGCCUGCAUGAAGAUGACCGCGAUAGGGCCUCGGGGUGUGCUGACGGUUCCGAGUGGCUGUUGACGCGCCCGGUGUACCUGAACGCUCCGCCGCUGACUGAUGACAGCGAUGACGGAUUGCUGAUCGAUGCCCAGUGGCACUGGGAUGCGCUGUUCGACCCCGAGAACAAUCAGGCCUACCCGCCCUGGACCGCUGGUUUGGAUAUCGCCACCGGUCAGCCUCUGCCGGACCUGAGCGAGGCCGCUGGCCCGGAAGCCGCAUACGCGCAGAUCGUCUGGGGCGGCCAGCUGCCUUCCAUCAACACCGGUGCUGAUUUCCAGCAGCAGAUGUUAUACGACGGCUCCCUCACGUCGCCGCUGUUCGGCCUUCAGGAGGGCCUUCAGGAGACUCAGCCUCAGCGGGCGGUUGGCUUUGAGGACCUGCAGAUGUGGAUGGAUAGCGCAGAGGAUGCGCCGCAGACGAUGGAGGCGCCACAUCAACUUCCGGUAUGGACGGAUGUCUCCCCGUUAAAUGUUGAAGCUGAUCUACCGUCGCAGGAGAUGGAGCCCAUGGAUGACGACGAGCUCAUGGGGGAGUACACUACAUUUCUGGAGAGCGUGGAUUGGCAAGGGGAGAUUUCAUUGGAUGCCGAGAUCGACGAUGUGAUGGAGGAGUAA